CCCGCCCGCCCGCCGGCGGUGGUGGUGGCGGCGCAGGCUGAGGAGAUGCGGCUCGGAGCGCCCGCCGCCGCUUCCCCGCCCGCCGCCGCGGUCCUGUCCUGAGAGCCCGUGGACACCCCGGCCUCCCCUGGGCCUAUGCGACGUGGUCGGCGAGCCCCAGCGGUGGUGUGGCUGUGUUCUGAUCCUGCCCGUUGCUGCACUUGGAUGUGUCGGUGGAACUCUGCAGCUCUUUGGAGCGAUUGUUUACGUGGAAUCUUGGAGCCAUUUUGAGUUGCCGGAAGGAAGGCGCAGACGCUGCUAGCAAUGAGCUCCCAAAGCCACCCAGAUGGCCUUUCUGGCCGAGACCAGCCCGUGGAGCUGCUAAACCCUACCCGCGUGAACCACAUGCCCGGCACGGUGGAGGUGGCCCCGGCACUGCCCUUGCAGGUGGCCCCACCGGCCGUGCCCAUGGACCUGCGCCUGGACCACCAGUUCCCGCUGCCCGUGGCCGAGCCCGCCCUGCGUGAGCAGCAGCUGCAGCAGGAGCUCCUGGCGCUGAAGCAGAAGCAGCAGCUGCAGAGGCAGCUCCUCAUCGCGGAGUUCCAGCGGCAGCACGAGCAGCUGUCAAGGCAGCAUGAGGCCCAGCUGCACGAGCACAUCAAGCACCAGCAGGAGCUGCUGGCCAUGAAGCACCAGCAGGAGCUGCUGGAGCAUCAGCGGAAGCUGGAGCGACACCGCCAGGAGCAGGAGCUGGAGAAGCAGCACCGGGAGCAGAAGCUGCAGCAGCUCAAGAACAAGGAGAAAGGCAAAGAGAGUGCCGUGGCCAGCACGGAAGUGAAGAUGAAGUUGCAGGAGUUUGUCCUGAAUAAAAAGAAGGCGCUGGCCCACCGGAGCCUGAACCACUGCAUCUCCAGCGACCCCCGCUACUGGUACGGGAAAACACAGCACAGCUCCCUGGACCAGAGCUCACCCCCCCAGAGCGGGGUGUCGGCCUCCUACAACCACCCGGUCCUGGGCAUGUACGACGCCAAAGAUGACUUCCCUCUCAGAAAGACAGCUUCUGAACCCAACCUGAAAUUACGGUCGCGGCUAAAGCAGAAAGUGGCCGAGAGACGGAGCAGCCCCCUGCUGCGCAGGAAAGACGGGCCGGUGGUCACCGCUCUGAAAAAGCGUCCACUGGAUGUCGCAGACUCGGCCUGCAGCAGCGCCCCGGGCUCCGCACCCAGCUCGCCCAACAACAGCUCCGGGAGCAUCAGCGCAGAGAACGGGAUCGCGCCCGCCAUGCCCAGCCUCCCGGCUGAGGCCAGCUUGGCGCACCGACUGGUGACCCGGGAAGGCUCCAUGGCCCCCCUCCCCCUCUACACCUCGCCGUCCUUGCCUAACAUCACGCUGGGACUCCCCGCCACCGGCCCUUCUGCUGGGGCAGCCGGCCAGCAGGAAGCCGAGAGACUCGCCCUCCCCAGCCUCCAGCAGCGCAUCUCCCUGUUUCCCGGCUCCCACCUGGCUCCCUACCUGAGCACGGCGCCCCUGGAGCGGGACGGCGGGCCGGCCCACAGCCCUUUGCUGCAGCACGUGGUCUUGUUGGAGCAGCCGCCUGCACAGACUCCCCUCGUCACAGGCCUCGGGGCGCUGCCCCUGCACGCACAGCCCCUGGUGGGCGCAGACCGGCUGUCCCCGUCCGUGCACAAGCUGCGGCAGCACCGCCCGCUGGGGCGCACGCAGUCGGCGCCGCUGCCCCAGAGCGCGCAGGCCCUGCAGCAGCUGGUGGUCCAGCAGCAGCACCAGCAGUUUCUGGAGAAGCACAAGCAGCAGUUCCAGCAGCAGCAGCUACACAUGGGCAAGAUGAUCCCCAAACCAAGCGAGCCGGCUCGGCAGCCCGAGAGCCACCCGGAGGAGACAGAGGAGGAGCUCCGCGAGCACCAGGCCCUCCUGGAAGAGCCCUUCCUGGAUCGGCUGUCGGCGCAGAAGGAGGCUCAUGCGCUAGCCGGCGUGCAGGUGAAGCAAGAGCCCCCGGAGAGUGACGGCGAGGAGGUGGAGCCACUGCGGGAGGCGGAGCCUGGCCAGCGCCAGCCCACCGAGCAGGAGCUGCUCUUCAGACAGCAAGCGCUUCUCCUGGAACAGCAGCGGAUCCACCAGCUGAGGAACUACCAGGCCUCCAUGGAGGCCGCUGGCAUCCCCGUGUCCUUCGGCGGCCACCGACCUCUGUCUCGGGCACAGUCCUCCCCCGCCUCGGCCACCUUCCCCAUGUCUGUGCAGGAGCCGCCCAGCAAACCGAGGUUCACCACAGGCCUGGUGUACGACACGCUCAUGCUGAAGCAUCAGUGCUCCUGCGGGAACACCAACAGCCACCCGGAGCAUGCCGGCAGGAUCCAGAGCAUCUGGUCCCGGCUGCAGGAGACCGGCCUGCGGGGCAAAUGCGAGUGCAUCCGCGGACGGAAGGCCACCCUGGAGGAGCUGCAGACCGUGCACUCGGAGGCACACACCCUGCUCUACGGCACGAACCCACUCAACAGGCAGAAACUGGACAGUAAGAAACUUCUAGGCUCGCUAACGUCCGUGUUUGUCAGGCUGCCCUGUGGUGGUGUUGGGGUGGACAGUGACACCAUAUGGAAUGAGGUGCAUUCGUCGGGGGCGGCCCGCCUGGCCGUGGGCUGCGUGGUGGAGCUUGUCUUCAAGGUCGCCACGGGAGAGCUGAAGAAUGGCUUUGCUGUGGUCCGCCCUCCCGGACAUCACGCGGAGGAGAGCACGCCCAUGGGCUUCUGCUACUUCAAUUCUGUGGCCAUCGCCGCCAAGCUCCUCCAGCAGAGGCUGAACGUGAGCAAGACGCUGAUCGUGGACUGGGACGUGCACCAUGGGAACGGGACCCAGCAGGCCUUCUACAGUGACCCAAGUAUCCUUUACAUCUCACUGCACCGCUACGAUGACGGCAACUUCUUCCCAGGCAGCGGGGCACCUGACGAGGUGGGCACAGGGCCGGGCGUGGGUUUCAACGUGAACAUGGCCUUCACCGGUGGCCUCGACCCCCCCAUGGGAGACGCCGAGUACUUGGCAGCCUUCAGAAUGGUCGUCAUGCCGAUUGCAAAUGAGUUUGGCCCGGAUGUGGUACUGGUAUCGUCAGGCUUCGACGCCGUGGAGGGCCACCCCACGCCUCUGGGCGGCUACAACCUCUCCGCCAAAUGUUUCGGGUACCUGACGAAGCAGCUGAUGGGCUUGGCAGGCGGCCGGAUUGUUCUGGCCCUGGAGGGCGGCCAUGACCUCACGGCCAUUUGCGACGCCUCGGAAGCAUGUGUUUCUGCUUUGCUGGGAGACGAGCUUGAUCCUCUCCCAGAAAAGGUUUUACAGCAGAGACCCAAUGCUAACGCUGUCCGGUCCGUGGAGAAGGUCAUUGAAAUCCACAGUCAGUACUGGCGCUCCCUGCAGCGCCUGUCCUCCACGGCGGCCUACUCGCUGGUCGAGGCCCAGAAGUGCGAGAACGAAGAAGCUGAGACCGUCACGGCCAUGGCCUCACUGUCCGUGGGUGUGAAGCCGGCCGAGAAGAGACCCGAUGAGGAGCCAAUGGAGGAGGAGCCGCCCCUGUAGCCGCUCCCGACGCUGCGACUCUCUUGUUUGUUUGUCUCUGUCUUGAAGCUCCGCCAAGAAAAGUUCUGCUUCCCUGUGUCCUGCAGGCAUUCUCAGAGUCCGCAGGCACGUCGGGGCCAUGCAGAGCGGGAAGCCCUCUGCCUGCCAGACCCCAAGCGUCCCUGGGCAGGGCAGCAUUCCAUGGGACCCGGGACAGACGCCGGGAUGAGCAGACAUGGACACGCAUGAAGCCAGGCAGCUCCCGGCUCCCUGAGGGAAGCCGCGGAGGAAGGAGGCCUGUGACAGCUCGUGGCACAGUUGCCCGACUUAGCUGACACAAGGAAAAGAGAACGAAAAUCAAAGAUCUAAUAAUAUAAAACAAACUUGAUUAAAACUGGUGCUUAACGUUUGAUGAUUACCCACAAUUCCACGGUCUCCGUGCAAACCACUCAACUCAUCUUGUAGCUUACUUUUUUAAAAAAAAGAACGUUUCCUAUGGCUCUGGCCUGCCUCUGUGAACCAUCGCGGUGUGCAGUGGGGGUUUGCGACCAGCUGGGGGUCAGAGUGGAUGAGCAUUUAAGAAAACAAAACCGGACAAAAACAGAAACGUGAGUCUGCAGGAGCUGGCUUUGUUUUCUCAAAGCCACUGGAAGAUGUGAGUUUGUGCCUUUUUUUUAUUGCUCUGAUGGAUUUUUGUGGCUGGGUUUUCUGAAGUCUGAGGAACAAUGCCUUAAGAAAAAAAUAAACAGCAGGAAUUGGUGGGACAGUGAGUGUCCUGUGGCUGGCGGUGCCCGGCGGUGCCCGGCAGGGCGGAGGUCACCGCGUGCUGGCUUGGGCUCCGGUGGCUCCAGGGGCUGUAGACCUGCAGCCCUUGUUUUGCUUUAUUGCUGUUUAAGAAAAAUGGAGGUAGUUCCCAAAAAGUGGCAAAUACUGUUGGGGGUUUUGAAGUCCCACAAAUUUUAAAGGAAUCCAAAGUGUUCUUUCCUCAUCCAUCAUAUAACGGUUGAGCAUCUCCGUUUGGUUGUGAAGCAUGGCCUCGGCACACUUUCAGUGUUACGAUCGGAAUGCUUUUUAUUAAAAGCAAGUAGCAUGAAGUAUUGCUUAAAUUUUAGGUAUAAAUAAAUAUAUAUGUAUAAUAUAUAUUCCAAUGUAUUCCGAGCUAAGAAACUUGAUUCUUAUGAAAUCUUGAUGAAAUAUUUAUAAUGCAUUUAUAGAAAAAAAAAAUAUAUAUAUAUAUAUAUAUAUAAAAUAAAUGCCGAUUGUAAAGGUCCCUGGCGAAUGAAUGCCUUGUGACUUAGAUACCAGGGUGCUUAUGGGAAGGGAUCUAGUCUGAAACUCCCGUGUUUUGACUCCAGACGGCUGGAUUUCAGGUCACCAACACAUUCGCCACUGGCAACUG